ACAUGGCUUCCGCCCCAGUGUCAGUGUGUCGGUCCCGUACAGGUGGGAGAGGAGCCGGUGACCAUGGCUGAGGAUGUGACUGUAUCAGAGGAGACUCUAACAGGUGCUCUGACUCUGCUGGUCAACAUGGGCACAGUCCUUCUACAGACAGCCAAGCAGGAAGCACAAGAGUCCCUGGAGAGUUUUGUCCCACAUAAGAUCACCACUUUGUUCGGCCUGAUCGCAGCCGGAGCAAACUUCUACAAGAGCCUCGGAGUGAAGAAGAAGAAGGAAGCAGAGGACAUUUGGAAGAAGUCUUAUCACCAUGAAGCAGUGAGAGAGCAGGUGGAGCGACUUCUGCAGCUGGAGACUGAGUGGGACUCCUUCCUGGAGAGUGUGGACAGAGAUCUGCAGACGACAGAUAGACAGCUGUCAGGAGGAAAGAUCGCAGACAGCCUGAGCCCUGACACUUCAUUCACCGAUGCAAAGAGUGGAAAGAGCGUGACUCUGGGUCAGUACCUGCAUCAGGGGCAGAAGCUGCUGCUGGUCCUCAUCAGACACUUCGGAUGACUACCGUGACGAGACCACGUGGCCGAGCUGGAGGCCAGUCAGGCUGACCUCGAGGCUCGGUCAGUGAGGGUCUUGGUGGUGUCUUUCGGCGGUGUGGAGGGAGCUCAGGUGUGGCGCGAGCAGACUGGAUGUACGUUUGACAUGCUGCUGGAUCCACAGAGGAAGGUAUACAGGAGCUUUGGCCUCGGCUCGUCUUACGCCAAGGUGAUGAAGUUCGGCUGUCUGCUGCAGUACUCAGAGUAUGGAGCUGUUGACAGAGACUUCCCUGACGUUCCCCCUCGCCUGCUUGAAGAUAUCUACCAGAUGGGAGGUGACUUUUUGCUGGAUGAAGCAGGGAAGGUCCUUUUAUGUCAUCCAUCUAAAAUCCCGAUGGACAGGCCGACGGUAAAGGCCAUCCUGCAGGCUGUGGACUCCUCCAGCUGCUCUUCCAAGUCCACAGAGAAACACUGUCAUGUGGAACCCAAGCUGUGAGCACUGGAGACACUGAUCCUGGGGUUGUACCACAUCACUGACACCACAGAUGGAGAGCAGCUCUUUGACUCACGUUUAUGACGUCAUGUCUCACACUCAUGUCACCAUGAAGGAAUGUGACCGAUGCAGAACUAUGAAGCAAAGACAACUGAUCUCCUUCGCUGUGUCAGUGUUGUUAUGGGAGCAUUUUUAAACAAGUGGUUCUGCUGGAUUACAGUGUAAUUCAAUAUACAGUUAAUUUUAUGUAAUAUAAAUACUGUUAACUUAAAGAAACAGAUUUUAGUAAAUUUUACUGUAAUCAGUGCUGUUAGACAGUGUGGCAUUUCUUCAGGCUUUCCUUUUAAGACCGCCAAAACCCACAGCUGCUUAAUAGCUGUGGAUUCUGGCAGUUUUAAUUGGCAGAGAUGGGUUUCAUUCUUAAUUUUGGAAGUGACAAAUUGCUCUAUUACCCAGAAAUCAUGUUCUGAUGUUACCACUGCGCUGCCUUCUGCAGGAGACUCAUUUUCCUCCAUGUGGCUGCUCAGGGUGCAGAUGAAAGCUGCAGCUGCAUCCUUGGUUUCUAAUCAUUUUUCAGUACAGACACAGAUUUAGAUAAAACUGCACUUUGAGAUUGUAGAGGAGAAAAACGGAUGUAUUUGCUGUUCUACCAAUCUGAUCUGUUCAUAUCUAUGAAUAAAAUAAGCAAUUUGUCAUGAAUUGUGAGCAGUUUGAUGUUAGAAUCACUCAGGAUACCAGCUCAGGAUUUCUGAUGAAUACGACUCGAUAUUAAACGUCAGUGCCUUUUGUUGCCGACUAACAUUUGCUGUAGCAUAGAGUAUCGUUCAAUAUCAAGUACCACAAAAAUGAAAUUGAAUAUCUGGUCAGAUGUGUUAUCUUGUUCUCUUGCUGUUUCAUCAGAUUGUUCCUCAUUUAAAUCAAAAUGUAGCCAAUUUAAUUUUAUUUAGACAAAGGUCUAGUACCGUUAUACAGAGCCUGGGAAAUAUCGAGGCCACAAUUUACUUAUUUGUGUGCCUGAGAUACAGUUUGUGGCCUCAAUUUAAUUCAAUCAUUCCCUAGUUUUGAUUAGUUUGUGUGCAUGAAUUAAAUCAUUGUGGGAGUAUACGAGGCCACAUCAUUAGUUGCAGCUGCCAUCUGCUUGAGGCACUUGACCUUGGUUGCACUUAGCAACGGACAGUACUCCCACUCUCUGUACUUGUUAGUAUUUCACAUUAGUGAGCAAUAUCUUUUGUGAAAGUGCACCCAGCGGUCCCUCCGCCUCACUCCCCGCCACAAGGAGACUACCUUGGAGCGGGCGGCUGCUCUGGAGAUGGACCUUCAGUCAGCAGCAACUUCAUAUCUUGAUAUCAGUCAGCACAAAUGUCAGUCUGAUCCUGGACAUCAUCGAUAAGCAAAGUUUCUGUUGCUGCCAUUACACCGGGUAAAUUCAGCACUGAUGAUGGCCACUAGCCGACUGUGACCCCCGGUGUUGGGAUUUGUGCUGGCUGAAUUUGAGUUGUUAUACCCACAGGCCAGUGGCCAGCAGCAGCACUGGGUCGAGCCUGUGUAACGGCAGCAACAGAAAGUUUGCGGAUGCAGUGGGAGUUAGAUCUGGUCCAGGAGCACACACCUGGCGCUGGGGUUUGUGAUGGCUGAAUACAAGCUGCCACAGUCACUGACUGAAAAUCCAUCUGCGAAGCUGCUGCCUGCUCUCUAGCUAAUUCUUGUCUCAUUUGUGCUCUGAUAAACAUUAAAUUUAAAUUCAGUGCCCCAUAAUGCUAUUUUCUAAGCGACUGUACAUGUCAGUGGACCAGUGUAAGCACGCUGAGGUUUUUGUCAUGCAGAAUUGGGCAUGGUUUCAUCGCUGCCAGGUCAGAGUAUACUUUGUGACGAGUGUCCCCUUGCACCAACUAUUCUCUUCAGAUGUCUCUCACUUGUGUAAAAAUCGUGCCUACUUGCAUAGCACUGAUUUAAGUCUUGAUUGAGGCUAAUCUCAAAAUAAAAUUCUGUAAACCUC